AUGGCUCAAAACACAAUACAAAACCAGCUAUUAUAUAAAUCUUCAUCAUCAAAUCCAGAUAAAAAUGUCGAACAGAAUCGUUCCAGUCACCAAAGCGUAUACAAUUCGACAUCAAGUUUAAAGAGAGAACUAAACGGUCGCAAUGAAUUAAAUACUAAAAAUCACAAAAAGAUAAUAUCUGCUGAAAUGUUACUACAAUAUUCAAAAGAAAUAACGAAUAAAAAAGAAUUCAUGAAUAAUAAAAAAAUUAGAAAAUUUACACAGCAGGAUUUAGAAAUAUUAAAAAUAUUUACAUCACCAGAAUGGUCGAAAAAAUCAUUUUAUACAUUUACUAAAUCCAUAGUAAAUUCAAUGGUUAACGAUGAUAAUAUUCCGUUAAACACGGAAUCAGAAAAUAUAUUAGAUAAAACUUAUAAAAACGAAGCAGAAGUAAUAGAAUAUCUAGAUAAUAUACAAGAAAUUACCGAUCAAGAUACUGAAGAAACCGAUUAUGUCGAAGAAAAACGAUACCUUCCUAAUGAAUCGUUUAAUAGUGUCCAGAUAUUCGAAGAAGAAGAAAAAGAAUUAGAAAACCAUCAGGAAAAUAUAACUGAAAGUAUGGUAGAGAAUCAAAUUGGUAGAGAAUCGUUCGAGGUGUCCAGUUUUAAUAGUAAAACUCAACACGAACUUAACAUGUCUUUUGAAACAAAUAACGAUAUAGCUAACGAUUUUGGAUCUCGACUAUCACGUACAAUCUCUAAUGUUGAUGAAUUGAACAAAUCAUUAAAAGUUGAUAUCGACAAUUUUACUUAUAAUAAAGAAAAUGUAAAUGAAAACCAAAGUGGCAAUGAGCAUGAAUUCGAAUGCUGUUCUUAUAAAGAAUAUUUUGAAGAACAAGAAGUUUCACUAAAUAUUAAUUCCGUGGUGUCCACUUCCAACUUGUCAGCCAAAGAAGUAUGGAACGAUGUUGCUUUUAUGCAGAAUUUUAAUUUUGAUGACUUUAGUGAUAGCUAUGGUUCUGAAAUAGUUGAUUCGUCGCCCACGGGGUCAUUAAACACUGAUGCCAUGACUCGAAUAAUUCGUCAAAACAAAUCACGUAACUACAUGACUGAAAAGCAAAUGAGUAAUGAGUCAGCAUAUAAAGAAGCCAUGGAACUGAUAUUAGAAGAAACUAAAGUAUCACUGGGACAACUUUUAAUUGAGGGUUUGUACUUCGUGUCAAAAAGACAUCGUCAAGAUUCAUUUAAAUGUUUAGGCAAAUGGUUGUUGAUUCAAGCUGAUAUUAGAGAUGAGAAUAAAACUGAAGAAGAGUCUGUGUUGAGUUUCGAAAAAUGA